ACGCAACUUCGCUAAGACUUACCAUUUGCUAUGGCAGAAGCUUAUGACGUUGCCAGGCUAGACCAAUUGGUCCAGGACUGGCUUGCCGUAGAUAUAAACCCUGAAUCUCGCAAUGAAAUUGCUUUACUUCUCAAGAACAAGCAGUAUGCUCAACUACACCUGAAGUUGGCCAACAGAAUAGCCUUCGGAACCGCUGGUUUGCGUUCAUCCAUGGAGUCUGGAUUUGCCCAUAUGAACGACGUUACCAUCUUGCAAGCUUCUCAGGGCUUAAUCCAAUAUUUGUUGGACAACAGGACUUCUCCAGAGAGUCCAGUUUCUAUAGUUGUCGGAUACGAUCACAGAUAUAACUCUCAGCGGUUUGCCGAGAUCACUGCUAGUGUAGCUAUUGCUAAGGAUAUCAAGGUGUACUAUUUGGGUUCCAUCGAGAAUUUGUCGGAAGCAUCCAUCAAAUUUUCUCUGACAGCUUACGCCCAAAACCCAGAAACUGAAAGAGGCUAUGUCCAUACACCAUUAGUUCCGUUUGCUAUUGACCUUUAUGGUGCUUCUGGAGGUGUUAUGGUGACCGCCUCUCACAAUCCUGCUAGGGACAACGGUUACAAAGUGUACUACGGUAAUGGGUGUCAAAUUAUCCCCCCUCAUGACGAAGGUAUCGCUUCUUCCAUAGAGAAAAACUUAGCUCCAUGGAAAGCCGAUAACGUCUGGGAUGUUACAGGUAAUUUCAUUAGGGGUAUUGAAAAUAAUCUCUUGGAGGUAGUCAGGAAGGACACUUCGGAGGCUUAUGUUGAGGCAGUUAAGUCCAAGUUGAUCUUGGAUUCCAAGCUCAAUUUCGACUUCGUCUACACUCCAUUGCACGGGGUUGGCUUAGAAAUCUUUGAAAAGACAGUAGAUCUUUUCGAUAAUGCUAGAUUCAAAGUUGUACAUGAACAGGCCUUCCCUGAUCCUGACUUUUCCACAGUCAAGUUCCCUAACCCAGAAGAAAAGGGAGCCUUGGACUUGGCCAUAAAGAAGGCAGAGUCUUUGGGCUACAAGUUAGUUCUUGCGAGCGAUCCUGAUGCGGACAGAUUCAGUGCCGCCAUAAAGACAAAGCAAGGUAACUGGAAGCAAUUGACUGGUAAUGAAAUUGGCUUCUUGUUCGCUAUGUUUACUAUAGAAAAUAUUCCAAAGGACCAACUUGCAAAUACCUACUUGGUUAAUUCCACAGUCUCGUCACAGAUCUUGAAAUCUAUGGCAGACAAGAAUGGAUUCCAUUUUAUUGACACCUUGACAGGUUUCAAAUGGAUUGGAAACAGGGCCAUUGAACUCAAGAACGAAGGCUACAAUGUUCCUUUCGGCUACGAAGAAGCCAUCGGAUUCAUGUUCAACCUUGUAAAUGACAAGGAUGGGAUAUCAGCUGCUGUUAUCUGGUUACAGCUAUACAAUCGUUGGUUCGCUACUGGUGAAACAGACUUUGAUCCAGUAGACAAAUUGAAUGAAGGUUACGCCAAGUAUGGCUGGUUCAAAGAAUGCAAUGGAUAUUAUAAGUUGAAUGAUUUGAGCAAGACUCGUGAAAUUUUCGAAAAUGUGCGUUCUUCCUUCUCACCUCAAAAAUACCCUAAGACCAUUGGCAACUUUGAUGUCUUAUCUUGGAGGGAUCUUACUGUUGGUUUCGAUUCCACCACGGAAAAUAAUAUUCCAGACCUUCCAGUAGAUCCAAAGUCGCAGAUGAUCACUGCCAUCUUGAAGCCACUCAACUCACAAUCCGAUGAACAUGUGAGAUUCACUUGCCGUGGAUCUGGAACCGAACCAAAAUUGAAAGUAUAUAUUGAAGGUAAAUCCAGCGUCAGUGAAUCAGGGGCAGUUGCUGUCGCCAGAGCAUGCUGGAAUACUUUGAGGGACGAAUGGUUUAAACCUGAAGACAACGACCUCUUGGAGGUGGUCUAA